AAUAGCGUCGGAACUAAUUGCUUCGAUCGACGGUGGUCAACGCACGUUGUAACGACCACUGCGAUUGGCUACUGGCUCCUGCGAGGUAACAUCCAGUGAACUGAGAACACGAGUUGCUUUAGACUUGAGGUCGGGAGCUUUCAUAUUUGUCACUGCAUGGGACGUUAGCUUCAGGAACUGACUCCGGCGGAGAUCGAAAACAUUUCAGUAGAGGUGUGAUAGUAUGUGUGGAACGUAUUUGAUAACGACACAACAGACGUACUGCAGAUGGUAAUGGCUGCUGUAGCCGAUGGUGAAAAGCUGCGUCUUAAUCAGUAUCAAUUUCCGGGGCUUAUGUACUGAAAUGACACCCCAUGUCAUCACGACCAUAUAAGUGACAUUUUGGAACCAACAGCGGAAGGCAAUCAAUAACUUAAGGUUCCACGUCAAAGGAAAUGGACAACCCAGCAGGAUAGUACAUUGAACACCACCAAGAACAUCACUAGUAGACUCAUUUGUUCCAUCUGACAACGACUUGGACGGAUUUAGUUUGGAGUGUUUAAUCACCUCUGGCUUUAUAGAUCGGUUUCGAAUGGAAAACCGGUGGGCAUCACAUUUCUCAUUCUAGUGUUGAGAUAAUGGUUUCAGGGCUCCGGGUUCGUCAGUAAAGGCUGCAUUGAUAUAUUGCAAUAUGGGACUUACAACGUCACCAAGAUUAAACAGGACAGUGUUAUUUAACAGUUUAUAAUACCACAGAACAUCAGAGCAGAAUAAAGAUUUUCGGUGGCUCCAAAGACACUGGGCUCCACCAAGGACGAACGUGGGAACAACCAUUUGUUAAUGCAAUAUUAAGCUCCAUCUACACGCCUAAUGCAAUGCACGUUAGGGUUUCCAAACCAACAGUGAUUCAAGGAGGUUGCAAGUAGCUAAAAGGAGUGGAGACCACGGUAAAGAUCACAGACAGCUUAUGAGGCCUGGCGAUCGCCGAUCCUCUUUUGCGAUAUUUACGUCAUUCGGUGUAUUAUAUGACAUGUUUAUACCUCGGUAAUCUUGUUUAUGUAAAGCAGUAACCCUGAAGAACUUGCCUCCGCGAUAAUGAAUUGAGACAAAAUAUCAACUUCAUCACUUUGAAAAAUCUCUGUGAAGAAAUUAUUCUCAGGAUCUGAUACACAAAACCUUGACGAAUUUGACAUACGAACUGAUACAGUUGUUUUGAGUGACAAAGCUACCACGAUGCCUUCAAUCAACGUUUCCGACUACACCGUUAUAGAAAUAGACGUCAACGACAUCAUCGACGACAUGCUCAUCUUCAACGCUACUAACUCCAGCAUGGCUGCAGGGUUACAGGACAAUCCGUGGUACGUGUUUGUCCGGAAGUUCCAGACGGUGAUGAUACCGAUAGUUUGUGUUGUUGGCUUCGUCGGUAACAUUUUGGCAGCGGGAGCAUUUCUUAGUCCAACGUUGCGGAACACCUCCUGCUGUUUGCAUCUUGCAGUGAAAUCCAUCUCCGAUGUUGGCUUUCUGCUAUCAUUGUUUAUUGUGUGGCUUUAUCGACUUGAGGUGCCUGCUUUUACAACCCAGGGAGUUUGCCAAGUUACCGUGUUUCUGACAUACGUGAGUGGGUUUCUCUCUGUGUGGUUUGUCGUCAUGAUCACGUGCGAAAACUUCAUCCGGGUAUCCCUUCCAGGUCACGUGGCAAUAUGGUGUAGUGUGGCGCGUGCGAAAUUUACAAUUCUGCUCUUAAUUCUCCUGUCUGUUGGCAUUUACAGCUUCAGCUUAUGGACAACUGGCGUUAUACACCAUAGCAAUGGAGCCAAUUGUCUUGCCUUCGAAGAGUAUGAGAAAUUGGUCAUGGCCAUGACAUAUGUUGACUCGAUCCUCACCCUUGUGAUCCCGCUCGUCGCUAUGGUAUUUCUGAAUGUUGGAGUUGCAGUUGGUGCUAUAAAUGCACAUAAACGCCGCAAGAGACUGUUCCAGAGCAUCUCGCGGUCAUCCAGCCGGAAGAAACGAGAAUCGUCCAGUCCAGAAGCCAAAGUCUCGAAACUUCUUUUCGCUGUUUCAAUGAUUUUCCUCCUGCUCCAUACUCCAAGCCACGUGAUUCGGAUCAAAAUGAUGUGGGUUCAGAUCUUGUACAAGUCAGCCCCAACACUGUGUGAUAUCAUCCUCCACAGAGUGUUUGAACUCAUGUACUACAUGAAUUUUUCGGUGCAUUGUGUUGUGUAUCUGAUAUUUGGCGACAAUUUCAGAACAGUGUUCAAAUUGUUGUAUUUGCCGAUCUGUUUUAAGUCAACUCCUAUGCAAAACAACUCUUUUAAGACAUAUUGCAAGAGAGGGUCAGAAACAGAGGCAAUAUUAAAAUAAUGUGGAUAUUGGUGCAUGUUUAAUCUUCUAACUGCAUCUUUGAGACAUGUACAUGCGGGAAAAGAUGCAGCAACAGACGCAGUCAUCUUCUACAAGAGUAAGUUCAAAGCAGGCCUAGGUGCGUGUUGAAAAGGAAUAACAAUAAAUAUAAUCGCAAUUAAAAAAAUAAGCUUGAUGAAACUGUUUUUCUACUGUUGUAGAAUGCUGUACAGUCAACAGACAAUACUGCCAUCUCCUUAGUACUCCACUUAUGUACAUAGGGAUAUUGGUGGUUCAUUGUCCAUGGAAACAAUUAUUUGAAUUGACUAAUGAACAUCGAAACAUGCACCCUAUUUUUUCAAAUGAAUAAAUCAUGUUCG